GGCCUAGCGCAUGCAAAAAUUGAACCAGGUCCAAUCAGAGAAGGUUUUUGGACCUACAAAAAAAAAAGGGCCUGGUCAAAAUGAAAAGCAAAUUCUUUCUUUUUGUCCUUUUUUUAGAAUGAAAAAAGUAACAAAAGAACAAGCCAUUUGCAUGCUAUUUUGCAAAGAAUAUAAUGAUGAAAAUGUCGUAAAUCUUGGAAAGCGUUUAAAAGAAAUGGAAUUAGAAGUCUGUUAUAUUCAUGAUCCAACCGAACCUGUUUUAAUCCCAAUUCGUUCGAUAUCGGUAAAUCCAUUAAAGUAUCACCUGUAUGUUCCUCUUUCCAUGAACAAGGGAAGUAAAACAAACAAUGACAAUAGUUGAAAUGCCUGCAUACUACUUUAUUUAUAUUUUUGUCCUACAUAUCAUUCAGUAUUUAUUUUCCAAUAAACGCUCUGGCGCUCCGCUGGAGCUUUUCGAAAUCAAAGAUUUGUGUGGACUCUAGAUUUUCUUUGGAAGGUGUGGACUAUAGAUUGUUUGGAAAGUGGGAUUAUAGAUUUGAUUGGAAGGUGUGGAUUAUAGAUUUGAUUGGAAGGUGUGGAUUAUAGUUUU